CUCCCGACCUUCAACGCGGGCGUGCGCUCGUGCGUCGGCCAGCAAGCCGCGCUGCUGCAGACCAAGCUCGUCGUCGCCACCCUCGUGCAGCGCUUCCACCUCGACGUGCUCUCGCCCAAGCGUCAAGACGGUCCUCUCUAUGCGCUGGGCCUCGCGCUGCUUCCGCGAGGCGGCCUCCGCGGUUAUUAA